ACUCAAUUAUUGUAGCUACAUACUGUUUUCAAUUAUAAUCAGAUACCGGAAAAAGGAAAACAAUCAAAACAACCUGAAGCUAAAGCUUUUUCCCUUUCUACCUUUCCACCAUUAAGACUUGUGUUCUUGCUUCCAAAACACUACUAGUGUUCUUUUAAUGGAACUCUCAAGCACUAUCAAUCCCUUAGCACUCGUUCUUCUUCUCUUUGUUGUUCCCAAGAUAUGGCAAGCUUGUUUGGUCCUCGUUUGGCGGCCAUUGAUGCUGUCAAGAAGAUUCAAGAAACAAGGAAUCUCAGGCCCUAAGUACGAAAUCUUGUACGGGAACCUCAGUGAGAUGAAGAAGAUGAGAAAAGAAGCUAACCUCAGGGUUCUGGAUACCAAGUCCAACGAUAUCUUCCCUCGUGUGUUUCCUCACUAUCACCAGUGGAUGUCUCAGUACGGAGAGACAUUUCUAUACUGGAAUGGAACAAAACCGACAUUAUACAUCUCGGAGCCUGAACUAGCGAAGCAGAUCUUGUCGAGCAAGUUCGGUUUCACUAUUAUACCAGUGAAAAGACCCGAGGUGUUCAUACUUUUCGGUAAAGGACUUUCCUUUAUCGAGGGUGAUGAUUGGGCUCGCCAUAGACGAAUCUUGAACCCUGCUUUCUCCAUGGACCGUCUCAAGGCCUUGACGAAACCGAUGGUGGAAUGCACCUUGAGGAUUUUCCAAGAGUGGAGAAAACAGAGUAAUGGUGAAGUGGUUAUGAAAGUGGAUUUGGAGAAAGAGUUCCAUAGAUUGACCGCAGACAUUAUAGCGACCACUGCGUUUGGAAGCAGUUACGCGGAAGGUAUCGAGUUGUGUAGAUCACAGACAGAGCUUGAGAAAUAUUAUAUUACUUCCCUCACUAAAGUCUUCAUCCCCGGAACUCAAUACCUUCCUACGCCUACCAACCUCAAACUAUGGGAGCUUGAUAAGAAAGUGAAGAACUCGAUCAAGAGAAUCAUAGAUUCAAGGUCAAAAUGUGAGACCUAUGGGGACGAUCUUCUGGGGGUCAUGUUGCAAGCUGCAAAAUCUAACGAGCAUGGGAGGAAGAUGAGGAUUGAUGAGAUCAUAGACGAAUGCAAGAAUUUCUAUUAUUCAGGACAAGGAACUACUUCGAUUUUGUUGAUAUGGACUAUGAUGUUACUGAGUUUGCACCAAGAUUGGCAAGAGAAACUCAGAGAAGAGGUUUUCAAUGAAUGUGGUAAAGAUAAUAUCCCAGAUUCAGACACCAUCUCAAAGCUCAAACUGAUGAACAUGGUGUUAAUGGAGUCGCUUCGUCUGUACGGACCCGUGAUUAAAAUGUUCCGUGAGGCAACACAAGAUAUGAAAAUAGGACACUUGGAGAUCCCAAAGGGCACGAGCAUUAUCGUCCCGUUUCUGAAGUUGCACACCGACAAGGCCAUAUGGGGAGAAGACGCCGAACAAUUCAAACCUUUGCGAUUCGAAAACGGCAUUUCUCAAGCCGCCAUUUACCCGAACGCUUUCCUCGCGUUCUCAACAGGACCAAGAGCUUGCAUUGCCAAAAACUUUGCCAUGAUCGAAGCCAAGACCGUGGUCACUAUGAUCCUUCAGCGGUUCCGACUUAGCCUCUCCCCAGAGUAUAAGCACACGCCAGUUGAUAACUUCAAUCUCUUUCCCCAAUACGGCCUACCCGUGAUGCUUCAGCCUCUCGAUAGUAGUUCUCAACGGUGAGGAAGAGAACAAAACAACAUCUCAAAGGGUUUGGUCAAGUUAUGUGCUGUCAUUGGCCUUAACCACAAAUAAAUGUUAAGAUGACAUACUUUUAGGCCUUGAUCACAAAUAAAUGUUAAGAUGACAUACACUAGAUAAAGUGAAAAAUUUAAAUUCAAAGUGAUUUCAUCGUCGA